CACCACCACCUCCACCACCACCUCCACCACCACCUCCACCACCACCUCCACCACCAACUCCACCACCACCACAGUCGCGAUCCCACCACAAUGCCUCCACCAGCCCCCGCAGUCCGCGUAGACCGUCCCGCGUCGUAUCAAAUCGUGCUAGGAGAGUCGAUAUCACGAGGGUCGGCGUCAGAAUCCGAGCCGUCAGGCUACAGCUCUCUCAAAUACAACCACAAGCCAUCAUCCUUCGUCCUCAACCCCUCCUCGCCGACCCUCGUCCCUUCCUCCUCCGACGCCGGCGCAAACGCCUACGCCCUAACCUUCACGCCGCCCACGACCAGCACCCAGAUCACAUACACAGGCGCCGCACUCCCCGCCGCAAAGCCGGGCUACUUCCUUCUCUUCCACCCCACACGCAAGCUCUUCACGCUCGAGCGCCUCGACGCCUCGCUCGUCUUCAACGCGGGCGUGUACAGCAAGCUGCACCCUGCUAUCCCGAUCACGGACGCCUCGCGGCCAGGCGGCGCCGGGUCCGCCUCCGACUCGGGCGGGGAGGACGAGGAGGCAGGGGAGGUAUAUGACUACCGCGCGUUCCUGGGGCGCACGACGGCGGCAGAGGAGAAGCGGCAGAAGCGUCUGGGCGCGCUGAAGCGCGCCGGGAAGGAGGUCGUCGACCUCCCCGAGGGCGAGGACGACGACGACCCGGAUGUUUUGGUUAUUCCCGACCCGGUGGUGCACCACCACCACCACGAGGACGGCAGCGAUGUUGACGCGCCCGGAGAGAGUGACGACGAUGAUUUUGCGGCGCCCGCUUUUGUUCCGCCGCCGCCUCCGCCGCCACAGCAGCAGAAAAAGAAGCCCGCGCCAAAACCGAAGAAGAAGAAGCCCGUCGCCGCCAUGCAGCCAGAGGAAAUCGUCAUACCGGACCCGGAGCCGGCACCGCAGCCGCUCGACAGCGACGAUGAGGAGGUCGAGUUCUCAGACGAGGACGAGGACAUGCCGUCUGCACCCGCCGCACCUACCGCGGCGGUCGCUGCCACGCCCGAGGCGCCGGCCGACGAUGACGAGUUCGAUUUCGAUAUUGGCAAGGAGCUCGAGGAGGCAUUGGGCAGUGGCGAUGAUGGGAAUAAGCCCCCGCCGCAUAACCUCGUCUUCGAGGACGAGGAGAGCGACGAGGAUGAGGCGGCCAUGCCGGUGCCUGUCGCGGCGGGUAAUGGCGCGCCAAAGAGUCUGAGGGAGAUGUUUGGAGGGAUGGAGGAGGAGGAGGAGGAGGAGGAUAGUGAGAGUGAGGAGGAGUAGUACUUGUUUGUUGUUUGUUGUUUGAUGAGUUCAAG